AGAAGGCAUUUGAUGUAUGCAACGAAGCUCAAUCCUUCACACAUUGAAAUAUUGAGCCAUACAGAACAAUGCGUGGUGUGUGGCGACGCGGCGGACGGGUUUCAUUACGGUGUUCGAUCGUGUCGAGGUUGCAACGCGUUCUUUCGACGAGCGGUCACUUUCAACAUGAGUUUCACAUGCCGAAGAGGGGGUCGAUGUCCUGUUGAUAAAAAUGCUCGUUGUGCUUGCCGAGCUUGCAGAUUAGCCAAGUGUUACGCGGUUGGGAUGGAUAAAAAAGCAGUUCAACCAAAACGAGAAGUGCAUACCUCCAAUGGAUCGUUCGAUCAAAAUGACCCCGAUUAUGAUCUUCGAUUAGGCGGAACACGGACGUCUCCAAGCUAUGAGCUCAGCAGUGAUAUGACCUCUCCUGGCUCCGCGUUCACACCAUUGAAUAUAAAUUUAGCAGAUUUCACACCAGCAAUUCCUCCGUCACCACCUAGCGAUAGCUCCCUGAUAGUCAGACAAGUAUACGAUUUUAUGGAACAAAAGCGGCGAAGGCGAGCAAUGCUUUGUGGAAGUCUAGAAGAAAUAUUAUCCGAGCAGGAAAUGACGUUACGUCACCCUGCCACGUCAGAAGACUUCACGACAAUAUUUCAAGCCCAAAUGGUUUUAAUGUUCGAAUGGGUUGAAAAGUUACCCGAGUUUCGGAUGCUUUGUGAUCACAAUGAUAAGACAAAACUUCUACGAGCAUUUGCGCUCAAAUACAUGCUGUUAGACAAUGUUUAUCACACUUAUGAACUUGGCUUUCGAGAUCGGUUAGUAUUGGUCAACAACAAUUAUAUUGUUCCCGGUGUACCGAUUAAUUUUAAAGGAAGUGAUGUUGUGGAUGAAAAUCAAAUGAGAGAUAUAAUGUUCGGCGAACCCAUGCGUGCUCUAAUCAAUGAGCUGGUACUGCCGAUUGGCAGUCAGAACAUGUUAUAUGGAGAGAUUAUGACGAUACGAAGAAUUAUGUUUUGGAAUCCUGGAAACGUACAGCUAUCUGAAAUGGCAAAAGCGUUAUCUGCCGAAGCAUGCAACGUCGCUAUGAAAGAAUUGCAACAGUAUUUAAUAUCUGAAGGAGUUGAUGAUAUUGAAGCUCGGAUCAAGUUUAUACUUCUGUUGCUUCCAUCGUUUACAACUCAUCACAAGACAAUGUACGAAAUUGUGCGGUUAAUUCCUUCUUUCGGGAAAAUGAGUGAUUGGAAUCAAUUUAUGGACGAUGUUCUCAGCGGAGUCUGAUUCAUCUUGUUUCUUUAAAUUUAAAUUUUCCUGUUUGGAGUCCCCGCCAGACCGAGCUCUAAACCCCCGUCCUAUUAUUCAAAAUUCAUAAAAAUUGUUGUGACUUUUUACACCAUCGAAUCAAAUUCUUGUCAAUUCUUGCUGAUAUUUUUCUAUUCUUUCAACCACCUGAAAUCAAACAAGUCAAUUUAUUCCAUUUCUUUCAAAUACAUGCCAUAGUCAUGGUCCUUUGUUGUACAUUACUGUUAAAAAAAAUCAAAUACGGAAAUAAAAAUAUUGAUCAGA